AUGACCCACCAACACGGAGACACAUGGUCCACGACCUACGACGCGUCCGACGCACCAGAGACAAAGUACGACACAACAGCCUUAGUAUAUGAUACACUAGGAAACUACGAGCCCUCGGGCUACGAGAGCUACGGUGCAACCGGCUACGGAGCAGUGGGUUUCGGCACAGAUCCGACUGGCUCGACAUACGACACACACGAGACCGGCUAUGGCGCCACAGCAUAUGAUCCCAGUACCGGUGCAUACGACCAGCAUCUAGAUUACCGCACCCCGGCUGGCCGGAGACAUCACCGAGAGCGAGUUGAUCAAAAUGGAACCUAUCGACACCGCGAUGUUGAUCGCUAUGAGGAUGGAUCUACUCGUGUCCACAGAGAAUAUGAUAAUCCGAAUACUGGGACUAGCUACCACCGCGACUAUGAGAAGUAA